CUGUACCCGUAGCCUACACACGUAAACGUGGCAAGAUGGCGAAGUUCUUUGGGAAAGUUUCCCGUGGUCUUACCACGUGUAUUUUGGUCAGCGUUUUGAUCUUAGCUACUGAGGCAGCAAAAAAGAAUGUUAACCGUAAAUUUGUAGCAGACUUCACAGAUUUGAAAGAAUUCAAGAAGGAAUUGCGGACGCACAACAACAUCAUGGUUCUGUUUUCCAAAGAUGCCAAAUCUGCGGAGAGUCUGAUGAAUAUAUACAGUGAUGUGGCAGCAGAAAUGAAGGGUCUAGCCACCUUGGCCUUUAUUGACUGCAGUGAAGCCAAGAAGCUGUGUAAAAAAUACAAAGUCUCACCAUUACCAACAGUUUUGAAACAUUACAAAGACGGUGAUUAUCAUAAAGACUAUGAUAGGCUCAUGAGAAAAAAGUCAUUGAUAAACUUCCUGAGGGAUCCAGAGGGGGAUGUACCAUGGGAAGAAGAGCCAGAUGCUGAUGAUGUGAUUCAUAUUGAGAGUACAAAGGAAUUUGAAAAAUUAAUCAGCAAAGAGAAGAGGCCAGUGCUGACAAUGUUUUAUGCACCAUGGUGCGGUCAUUGCAAGCGAAUGAAGCCCGAGUUUGCAGGAGCAGCCACAGACCUGAAAGGAGAUGCGGUAUUAGCUGGAAUGGACGUGGACAGACCAGAAAACAUGGCCUCCCGACAAGCUUAUAACAUCACAGGAUUCCCAACAAUAUUGUAUUUUGAGAAAGGAAAGAGGAAGUUUGACUUUGGCGGUGAGAGAACAAGACAAGGAAUAAUCGAUUGGAUGGAGGAUCCUCAGGAACCAAAAGAGCCAGAAAAGGAGGCAGAAUGGAGUGAUGAGGAAAAUGAUGUUGUCCAUCUAGAGGAGAACUUUGAUGAUUACAUCGCCAGCCAUGAUUCGGUCUUGGUCAUGUUCUAUGCACCAUGGUGUGGUCACUGCAAGAAGAUGAAGCCUGAAUAUGUAGAAGCAGCAGCAGAGCUCAAGGAGAAUGGGCUGGAGGGAGUUAUGGGUGCUGUGGAUGCAACAAAGGCAAGAGCUUUGGCUGAGAGAUUUGAGGUCAAAGGAUUCCCAACUCUCAAAUAUUUCAAGAAUGGAGAGCAUGCAUGGGACUUGAAUGAGAGGACAGCAGACAAGUUUGUGGAACAUUUAACAGAUCCACAGGAGCCCCCUCCACCCCCACCCCCUGAACCAUCAUGGAGUGACUCAGAAUCUGAAGUGGACCAUCUCACCGAUGAUAACUUUAAAUCUUUCACCAAGAAGAAGAAGCAUACCCUAGUCAUGUUUUAUGCGCCAUGGUGUGGACAUUGUAAGAAAGCCAAACCAGAAUAUAUGGGAGCAGCUGAGGAAUUUAAGGAAGAAAAUAAAGUUUCCUAUGCUGCAAUAGACUGCACAGAGCACAAGGAUUCUUGUACAGCCUUUGGUGUAACAGGAUACCCUACCAUCAAGUAUUUCAGCUACGGCAAACUGGUACAGGACUACACCAGCGGAAGAGAGGAAGCAGAUUUCAUACGCUUCAUGCACAACCAGUUGAGCCCUGGCUCUGCCCCCAGCGAGCCCCCACCCCCUCCACCGGAUGUAAACUUCUGGGCGGAGCUGGACGGAGGAGAGAAUGUAUUCCAGAUUGACGACUCCAUUUUUGAGAGCUUCCUGACUUCCAGCCCAUCUGUUUUGAUUAUGUUCUAUGCUCCAUGGUGUGGACAUUGUAAGAGAAUGAAACCAGCAUUUGCAGAGGCAGCAACUUUAGCUAAAGAGCAAAAUCUACCAGGAAGGUUUGCAGCUGUUGAUGCUACUGUUGCUGUAAUGACGGCAUCAGCCUUUGAAGUUAAAGGAUUCCCAACCCUGAAAUAUUUCAAAAAUGGAAAAGAAGAUAUGACCUAUUCAGGAGCGAGAACAGCAGAGGCACUUCUUGAAUUCAUCAAAGACCCUGCCAGUGUGCCACCACCUCCACCCCCUGAGCCAGCUUGGAGCGACGUUCCCAGCGCAGUCAACCACCUGACCGGUCAGACCUUUGGUCAGUUCAUUCAGGACAACACCCAUGUACUGACCAUGUUCUAUGCUCCAUGGUGCGGUCACUGUAAAAAGGCCAAGCCAAGCUUCCAGCAGGCGGCAGAGAUCUUCAAGGAUACACCAGGCAGGAAACUUGCUGCUGUCGACUGCACUGUAGAAAAGGGUCUUUGUGAACAAUAUGAGGUUAAGGGGUUCCCCACCCUCAAUCUAUACAGCAACGGCCAGUUCGUAGAGAAGUACACCGGUGGUAGAAUGGCAGAGGAUUUUGAAGCGUACAUGCAGAAGACUGAACUACCAGAACAGACAUCGGAAGAAACCCCAGAAAGUGAAAAUUUAGAUACACCAAAAAAGAAGGUUGAGCUAUGAUAGGGUCAGAGUAAAGAUACGAUUCAGUAGACUAGUUUACAAAUGUUUUCAGAGUUGUGAUGUUUUUUUUCCCCUCAGUGUCUUGUGAUUUAAUCACUGCACUCUUUUGUCAUGAGUUGUUGUAACUCAACAAGCUGAAUAUAGGUUUUGUAUAUUUGAUGUUGCUUUGUUGAGCGAUUCUUUAGUUUGUCGGGAGUGACCAUUGUUGUGGAGGUUGGCAUAAAAAUGAAUACAUUGGUCAACUUGUCUACUUAUAAUCAAACUUGAAAGGUUGUGUGUUUUAUGGGAAGUUUAGAGGGAUAGUAUUGUAUUAUCUAACAUAAAUACCUGAACUUAAUCUAUUAAAGUAAAGUUAGAAGCUCCUUGUUUGUUCCAUAUUGCAAAUUGGCAACUCUCAUCAUGACUCACACAAGCAUCUUUUAUCCAACACAGGAUAUGUAGGCCUACACAAUUAUUUUUUUCUUCAAAUCUUCUCGUUAAUCAAGUAGACAACCGUUUUUCUCAUACAUUGAUUUACACAUGUAGUGGACAAGUAAUACUCGCUUCCUUCUACCAGACAUGAAACAGCAAAGAAGAAUGAGAAGGUGAACCUGUAAAAUCAUCAGAAGGAACACCAGGAACCUGUUUCACAAAGCUUUUUUUCAAUGAUAAAUGACAAAAAUCAGUGACAAUUCUGCUGAUAACCAAUCAGAAGCAAUGAUUUCACUAGCUUAUAACAAAAACUCAUUUGUCACUGAUGACAAGUUUUGUGAAAUGGGGCCUAGGUCUUAUCAUUUGAACUUUUCACAGUUGGGUAGAUGGCCAACAACACUGCCAAUCCUUGAUUCCUGAAAGAAUUGAUGAUGCUUUAUUCAGUUAAGACUCAAUACUGGUAUAUAUUAUAUCUUUGCUAUUAGAAUAUGGUUCAAUAAUUAACAAAAAGGAAUUGUUUGAUUUAGGGGAAUGCAUGUAGAGUAAAGAAAAAUGUAGAAGUUAAGGCUUCAGGGUGGAGGGUGCACUUUAUUUUAUUCCCCAAUAUAUUAGUCACCAAUACGCUAAAAAUGGUAGAAUAAAAUUUGCAAUUUACAUAUCAGCAGUAUACAUAGCAUUUAUUUGUUAUUUUCCAAGGAACAUUAGAAUAUAUGGAACCUAGAAGAAAUAUCAUCUACAUAAAAAUAUAGAUUGAGAAAGUGAUACUUUGUUUGUUUUUUGUUUGUUGUCUUUUUAAAAGUUAAUCCAUUUUCAAAUAUUAAAGCUGUCUUUCAAGUGCUUAUGACCGAGUUUACGCAAAUGACAUUUUAUCACGCAAGAAAAAAAGUGUGUUGUCGCACUCCUUCUUUUAAAGUGAAUUUAAUCAAAAUUGCCUUUCUUCAGAGACAUUUUACUUUAUUUUUUUAGUGUAUUUUAGUUAUCUUGUCUUACAGGAAAAAAAAGAGUUUAGCCUAAUGUUAAGUUUUCUUUUUCUAUCAUUUCAUAUUAGUUUUCAUAUGCUACACAAAAGAUAUAGAAUGUAUAUUUAAAUGAUAGCUAAAACUUGUCUUCCAUAAUUCAACUAGCU